UCAGCUGAUAGCUGACGCUUCUGACUUCUGUGUUCGAGGUGAAAGCAAGCAACAUCCGCACGACACCGAAUUUACUGCCCCCUAAAUAUAACCCAUUGGUUUCAUUUUGACAUAAAGAGUUGAGAUCGAAGCUCAGUGAAGGGAAAUCAAAGCUGUGUAAAGGAAAUAACAGUAACCAUGGCUCCAACAUUGUAUGAUAAGAAGCCGGAGCCAGGGGAUCUGAUAGAGAUAUUCAGAGGGAACUACCAGCACUGGGCUUUGUACGUUGGUGAUGGCUUUGUUGUUCACCUGGCCCCACCCUCCGAGGGACCUGGGGCCGGGGCCAACAGCAUGAUGUCUGUGCUCAGUGACAAGGCUAAGGUGAAGAAGGAAGAGAUCUGGGACGUGGUGGGGCAUGAUCAGUGGUGCGUAAACAACCAGCUGGAUGAGAAGUACCAGGUCAGACCCAUACAUGAGAUACUGAGGGAAGCCCAGGCCUAUGUGGACCAGGAGAUGCCCUACUGUGUCUUCAGGGGAAACUGUGAGCACUUUGUCACAGAGCUGAGAUAUGGGAAGGCUGAGUCUCGACAGGUUCGUCAGGCUGUGGGAAUAGGGGCCACACUGGUGGGCUUCGGAAUCCUUGCCUUUGUAGGUAUUGCGGCCAUCUUUGGAGGUGGAAGCAAGAAGAAGAAUGAAGAAGAAGAAGAAUAUAAGUGACCAACUGUAUAAUAGCUUCCUGAGCAGCCAGUCACCAAUAAGCCUAAUAGAUUAUUUUUUUAACUACAGUACUGCCAUCGUCACUUGUAUAAUUCUGGGGCUUUCAGAAGGAAGGGUUGAGUAUUUCCAUAAUAUUUUUAUUUUUUACAGUUAAACAGACAUGAAUUGAAAGCACAAAAGGAGGAAAGGUGUCUGGUUAUAAUUCCAAGGUAUACAGCCUUGGAGGGGCCAUAUGUAGACUCUCUUUAUAAUGGGAUAAAAUGGUAUUCCACUGAAGUUCUAAUGUUUCUAUCAUGAAGCAAAUUGUCUAAAGGACCCAGGGCUUUCGAGUGGCACAGCAUCUCAGUGCUAGAGACAUCACUACAAACCCUGGUUCGAUUCCAGGCUGUAUCAUAACCGGCGCACAAUUGGCCCAGCGUCGUUAGGUUUUGGCUAAAUAAGAAUUUGUUCUUAACUGACGUGCCUAGUUAAAUAACAAAAUAAAAGGACCCACAGAACUACUCCUGGUUAGGGUUGAAGUGGAUACAUCUAAUGCUGCUUGUAUCGCUUCGUAAUGACUGACAGCAUUAUGAACAGGUGCAUCAAAGCAGUGACCAAGAGACUGAAAAACAGCUUCUAUCUCAAGUCCAUCAGACUGUUAAAUAGCCAUCAGUAGCACCUUAGAAGCUGCUGUCCUAUAAAUGGUUUAAUUUGGAAGUUUACAUACACCUUAGCCAAAUACAUUUCCACAAUUCCUGACAUUUAAUCCAAGUAAAAAUUCCCUGUCUUAGGUCGGUUAGGAUCACCACUUUAUUUUAAGAACACGAAAUGUCAGAAUAAUAGUAGAUAGAAUUAUUUCAGCUUUUAUUUCUUUCAUCACAUUCCCAGUGGGCCAGAAGUUUACAUACACUCUUUCCGAGGUCUUGGCUGAUUUAUUUUGAUUGUCCCAUAAUGUCAAGCAAAGAGGCACUGAGUUUGAAGGAAGGCCUUGAAAUACAUCCACAGGUACACCUCCAAUUGACUCAAAGGAUGUCAAUUAGCCUAUCAGCAGCUUCUAAAGCCAUGACAUCAUUCUCUGGAACUUUCCAAGCUGUUUAAAGGCACAAUCAACGUAGUGUAUGUAAACUGUCCCACUGGAAUUGUGAUACAGUCAAUUAUAAGUGAAAUGAUCUGUCUGUAAACAAUUGUUGGAAAAAUGACUGCAUGCACAAAGUAGAUGUCCUAACCGACUUGCCAAAACUAUAGUUUGUUAACAAGAAAUUUGUGGAGUGGUUGAAAAACUAGUUUUAAUGAUUCCAAUCUAAGUGUAGGUAAACUUCCGACUUCAACUGUACAUAGACUUGAAAUCGCUGUCCACUUUAAUAAUGGAACACUGGUCACUUUAAUAAUGUUACAUAUUUUGCAUUACUCAUCUCAUAUGUAUAUUCUACUGUAUCUUAGUCUAUUCCUCUCCAACAUUACUCGUCAAAUAUUUAUAUAUUCUUAAUUCCAUUCCUUUACUUCGGAUUUGUGUCCAUUGUGAGUAUUGUUGUUAGAUGUUACUGCACUGUUGCAGCUGGAAACACAAGCAUUUUGCUACACCCGCAAUAACAUCUGCUACACAUGAGUAUGUGACCAAUAAAAUUGGAUUUGAACAAAUUCUUACUUUAUUUAAAUGUUUGAUUGAAAAUAUUUGAAAUCAUAACUGGUGUUUCAUCUUUAAAAAAGAGUUGAAGAGUUUGUUUAUUAAAUAUUGAUUAACUGAAUCUUAUUAGCAUUUUAUCUUAGUAGAUUUAGUCUUGACAUCCUCUUUGAUUUAUAUUUUUAAAUGUCUACUUAACUUAUACUUGUCUUAGUAAACAAAAUAAACACCUCUGUUGGCCCACUGCAAGUCCCAGAAGGAACUUCAGUGGAUUUGGAUGUUGACUCUUGGCAGAAGUAGAAAUUGUUCUGAACAUCUUUGUAAAACAGUGCACAGCCUUUCACAUUAAACACAGACUGUGUA